AGAAACACUACACAAGGAAACUACACUGCAGACACACACACGCCUUCAUUUUAUGUUUUUGAAUAACAGCCUGGUGGCGAGUGUCCGCACAGAAGUGUUACAUUAACCCCGCUGAACUGAACUGAAGCGGCGGAAAGAAAGACGUUGCAUCAGUCUGUGGAGCAGUCUCAGGGCAAAGCGUUUAACGACGAUUAUCGCGAAAUGGGCUCUGAGCCACCCUCAUCUCCUCAGGUGGUCGAGGAAGGAGCGGAUGAAGAGGAUGAGGAGUUGAGCGGGGCCGAAGAUGCAGACCUCAGGGCCUCCUCUGGGAGGGGGUCCCUCCUGACCAGGAGAGGCAUCACACUGAGAGUCCUCUUAAAGGACGGGCUUGUGGAGCCUGGAGACGGCAUUCUGUCCAUACACUACCUGGGCAAAACGUUUGUUGGAGAUCUUUUGAAUGAUGGGAAGAUUCGUUGGGUGGAGACUGGGCAGAUCUUUAACUCUCCAAGUGCUUGGGCAACACACUGCAAGCGUCUGGUGAACCCAGCCAAGAAGUCUGGCUGUGGCUGGGCCUCGGUGCGCUACCGGGGACAGAAACUGGUCCAGUACAAAACCACCUGGCUACACAAAUACCAGCCCAGUGCUGACAUGAGUCUGAUAAGUGAGGGAGAAGAUGAUGAGAUGGGAGAUGAUGACGAAGAGGAAGGGAAAACGUCUGUGCUAGUAGAGGACAAGAAUAAAAAGUCCAAACCUGAGCUGCACGACAUUGGCCUGAUGCAGAGGAGAGACAGAGAGAGAAUUCCAGUCAGGUAUUGCACUCUUGGCACUAGAGAUGCUGCAAGGGAUCCUCACACUCUCGUAGAACUGUCUGCCUUUUCUGCGAUCAACCGCUUCCAGCCUUUUAAUGUAGCAGUGUCCAGCAACGUUCUGCUGCUAAUGGAUUUUCACUGUCACCUGACCACGAGCGAGGUGGUGGGAUAUUUAGGGGGACGAUGGGACACUAACACCCAGUUGCUUACAGUGUUGAGGGCGUUCCCUUGCCGUACGCGGCUGGCAGAUAAAGACGCCGCUCCAGCUGUCGAAGAAGAGAUUUGCCAAAACCUCUUCAUGCGGGGGCUGUCAUUGGUGGGAUGGUAUCACAGUCACCCACGAGGCCCCGCCCUUCCGUCUCUGCAGGACAUAGAUUCACAGAUGGAUCACCAGCUCCGCCUACAAGGCAGCAGUAAUGGCUUCCAGCCCUGUCUGGGGAUUAUCUGUGGACCCUAUUACCAUGGGAACCAAGGUGUAGCCUCCACCAUCACGCCAUUCUGGGUAGUUCCCCCUCCUGAGCAACGACCCAAUGAUUACGGCAUCCCAGUGGCGGUCGAGGUCACAUACGUGCAAGACAACUUCCUCACUACAGACGUACUCAAUGAGAUGAUGCUGUUGGUGGAGUUCUAUCGGUCUGCUCCUGACCUUGUGCAGUUCAGUCAGAUGUGGAGUCCUAAUACCUCAAUACUCGACAAAAUCAAGGUCUGCUAUAAUUUCUGUCCUUCAUACAUACACAAACAAACAAAACACAAUAUAAAUUUUCAUGAUUUACAAUUAACACUAAGAAUGUUCUUUAAGGUAAAGGGACAGUCCAAAGACACAUUAGAGCCAGUAUUGCUAUGUCAGACUUGUUGGUAUACAAUGUUUUCAUAGCAUCAGCUUAAAAAAAAACCAAUCUGAUGUUAUUUCAGAAGAAACAAAAAGCUUUUACUUGACAUCUUAAAAAGAAAUGAUUGCCAUAGUCUGACUGAAAUCAAACCUUUAAAGUGCAUAUGCACAGACUUAAUUAUCAAAGCUUCUUUCUGCUGCAGGAUAAAAAAAAAUGGUAAUUGCAAUUUACCUCACUAUUCUGCAUUUGUAUCACAAUUCACUUUUUUCUUGCAGUUCUGAAAAAGAAAAAAUCAGAAUUGCGAGAUACAAAUGCAGAAUAGUGAGAUAUAAACAGAAUUGAGAGAUAUAAAAAAAAAAGUUACAUUUUGAACUAGUCACAAUACC